AUGGCCUCCUCCAAAGAACAACCAACUUCCCGCCCUGUCUCUGGCAGUUUCUCCAAGCACACGUCCGGCUCCUCGAGACAACAUUCUCAUUCCAUUUCCCUCGCUGCUACCAAUCCCUCCCACCGUGUCAACCGCAGGAAAAGCGUCAACUCCGCUGCCUCCUCCACUGCUCAAGCCGCCAUCGUAGCAGCACUAAGAGAGCAAGGAGAUGCGUCGACAAUCCCUCUACACAGCCACCGACGGAGCAUGGGUUCCAAGAGAAACACGGAAUCACUUUCGAUGAGUAGCAGGCCCAGCAUGCAUUCUUACUUCAAUGGUGCUGCCACUUCACCCUCUCCUCAAGACAACGAGGCCCUAGAAGACAACUCCUACGACGAAGAUGCCCCUUCUUCCAAGUCAGUCAGCACCAAAGCUAGAAACCGCCGAGCGAGUGAGGGUUCAUACCUGAUCAAGGGUGAAGGCAAAAAAUCGUCCUCGGAUCUUCGGUGUGAUACCUGUGGCAAGGGAUACAAACACAGCAGUUGCUUGACAAAACAUUUAUGGGAACAUGACCCUGCGUGGGCCAUCACCUCUAAACUCCUCAUCUCGAAGCAUCAGCAAGUCCAACUCUUGGAGGCUGCGUCUGUCUUGUGCAACAUGACCUCGGAUAGUUUGACAUCGGGUCAAUCCGAGAAUGAAUCGUCCCAGAUCGACCCUAGUGAGGCUUCAUCUCGAUCGCCCGGUUUAUCAUCCUCCGAGAUGCAUGAUGGAGUUAGCUCCGUCGAAACCACUCCCCCUCCCAUGAGCGAAGGUGCAUAUCCGGUCCCUGCCUCCAAACGCUACAGCACGAGCAGUAAUGGCUUCUCACGUUCCUACCGUUCUGUUCAAUCGAGCUCAUAUGCCGAGAGCGUUCUUUCUCCCGGACUACCCCCUCACAGACUCUCAGGAGUUGAUUUCCGGCCCAGCACUUCCGGAACUGAUGACGGCACUCUGGCUGCCGCCACAGCUGGCCUCUCAUUCAACAGCGGAACCCCGCGCACCAAGCCAGUCUACCUAAGUUCAGAUGUACCACCUGUACCACCGUUGCCACAACAAUAUCAAUCAUUCAACAGCAAGUCCUCCGACAGUACAUUGACCAACGUAUAUAAUCCUCUUCUGCAAUUGCAUCCUCCUACCCUAACUCAGAAUCUGUCGGACGAAAGAAAUUACCGAGAAUUUGGGCAAGACAAGGACAUCCACAUGGACGAUGAAGAAAUGUUCCGUAUGGAAGAAUAA